CCCGAGAUGAGACCGUGUGUAAAUACUGCGGAGUCAGCUAUUUGAUCCUUCAUGAGUUUAAAAUGUUAGAAGAGAAAGUCAAAGCCAUGGAAGAGAAGGUGAAGUUAUAUGAGGGAAGUGUGGAACGGGAAAAACAACUCCAAGAAAAGCUACAGCGCCUAAGUCAAGAUUUCGACCAGUGCACAGCAGCCAGUGAAUCAAAAACAGAAAGAAUAAAGAAAUUACACCUGGAGAUGGAACAGAAGCAAGAUGUAAUACGAAUUCUAAGUGAACAAUCGAGAUGCCUCCAAGAAGAGAAAGAAGCUUUUCACAAGCAGGCACAACGGUGGAGGCAAACAGUGGAGCAGCAUCAGUCAGCCUUAACAAAAGCCUGUGCACUUCUUCCUUUCAUCAGAGGAGAGUUUAAAAGUAUCAAAGCAGACCUGUUUGGCAGUAUCAACAAAUGGACAAAGCUAAAAGGACAGACUUCUUUACAGAUUGAAAAUAUGAAGCAGACGGCAUUUGCUGAUUUAACGAGUCAAGUGGAGAGAACGGAACACAAAUUCCAGAAAACAGCUGCUGAAAUGGGCUAUUAUAAAGAGCUGUUCAUGAAAGCAUCAAAAGAAGUCCAGGACUAUCAAAGCGAACUGCGAAAACUGAAAUCUGAUAUUGGAAGAUCAGAAUCGCGAUUUACUAAUACCCUGAAAGAACAAGAGCAAUCUCUGCUCGCCUGCCAACAAGUAUGCAAAUGUUUACAGGAAGAGGCAGUUGAGAAAGAAAAGGAAGAAGAAGGUCUGAAAAAAAGAACCAGCCACUUGGAGAGCGAACUGGAAACAAUUAAGAAUCAUCUCAGGCUGCGGGAGGAAGAAGUAGUAAUGCUUAAGAAAGAAAGGGACUCCCAUCAGAGCAGAAUGAAGGAGCUACAGGAAACGUUCAGGCAGAAGGUGAUGAGGGAAAAGAACUGGCAGGAAAAGAUCGAAGCUGAUCAGCAGAAAGAAGAGGCCCAUCACAAAGAAGAGAUUCUCAGAAUCCAGAAUGAAGCUAGAAUGGAAUUAGACAUCGAGAAACAAAAGCAUCAGGAAAUGACAGCAAAAUAUCAGAGAGAUCAAGAUGAACUGCUACAGAGAAAGGUACCUUCAUUAAUACACAGCGCCGUUAAUAAUCUGAAAAUGGAAAUGGACAUCCUUGAAAAGAAGCUUCAUGAAGUACAGACCAAACUUGCGGAGAAAAACAAGGAGGCAGAAGAAGAGCGGCAAAGCCUUGAAAAGCAGGUGGCGUACCUUGAGAUCCAGCUGUCAGAAGAACAGAGUACCCAUCAAGCAGUCACAGAAGACAUGGCAGAAGAAAUGAAAAAGAAGUCCCAUGAGCUGGGAAAGAUAACCCACGAACUUGCACGGUUGAGCCAGAAUUUGCAUCAGGUUCAAGAAGAGAAUGCUCUUCUCCAGGACACGGUGCGCAGGGAGUGUGAGGAACGCUAUGAGCUCACCGAAGCUUUAACCCAGGCCAGAGAACAAGUCACGGAGCUAAAGAAGCUCAGUGGAAAUUUCCCGUUGUCACAGUGUUCUCUCAGUCAGGGCAGCCUCACCUCCUGCCCUGCCUUGGUCAAUGGUCACAGUCAUAAAAGCUCAAGUCGUGGGAGAGGAAGAACACCCCCGGGACUCUGUGGCAUUUCAAGAGCCUCUAAUGUACUAUCCUGCAGCUGGUACAAGAGCAGGGGCAAUGGGAGUGAGCCUGGACUUCCUGUGCUGCCACCAUCAAGCAGAAGAGUAUCUUCUCUGGAUGAAUCCAGGAGGAGGAUCGCAGCAGCUAUAACGAGGCAGCUGAGUCAGCAGUGAUGCUUCAGGGACUCCGGUUGUCCAGAGUAGGGGAAAAACUCUGGAGCAAGUCUUUGGACCGGCCUUAUCAGACAACAAUUACCAGUGAAACGUGGGGUUUCUUUCCGGCAAUUAGCACACUUCUAGGACUGAAUGUUUUAUACAGAUAACAUCAAAUUAAGCUAAAGGUCAUGUAAAAAAAUAGCUCAUAUGUUUAUGUUUUACAGUACAAUCAUGAAUCAGCUUUUCGGUGUCUUAAGUCUUGUUCUCUGGUCGAAGCAGACUUGACCCCUGUAUAGGCGCUUCUGUGGUUUCUCUCUCUCUCUUUUUUUAAUGCUAAUUUGCAGCGCUCUGAAGACCAGGGGAAAGUCACUGGGGGAAAGACACCGUUUAACCCUUUCCUACCAUAUCUGUUAUACAUUGCGGAACACUGCUCCCAAAGUUGAAAUUGGCAUUGGUGGAAAAAUACACUCAGGCCUGUAUAUUUUUUCCAUGGGAGCCAAUCACUAAAGUGGUCAAUCUGUGUCUGGACUAUACUAGUUCAGUUUCACAUGACUGAAAUAUCUUCCAUGCCAAAAAGAUUCACAGAAAGUCAACUUGUUAGGGAGAACGGGCAUGUCCUUCUGAGAUCUGAUUUUCCUUGAGGGAAGUUUUUAUAUGGAGGAGCAUUCAAACAUACGAACCCCCACCUACCGUCUGAAGUGAUUUGGACACAGGUGGGCCACCUCAGUGAGAACUAAAUGCCGUGUUUGUGUGUAUAAAAUAUGGUACAUAAAUUCAGGCACUCAACACACAUGUGCAUCGUAGUAUUUUCAUCCCGCUCGUUUCGGUGGUAGUUAAAAAGUAAGCAAAAUGUGUACACUUAUUUUCAGACCCUCUGGGGUUCUCUGUUUUUUCUUGCAGCCUGGGUUAACUGCUCUUAUUAAAAACAUGAU